UUUCGGUCAAUCUAUUUGCAUUGUCAAGUGUUUACCCUCCGUAUUUGCAAAUUCCCCGACAAGAUGGCCGCUGAAGCUAAAUCGGCUCCUGCCACGGAGCAGAAGGUGAAGCCUACCAAGCCCAGUGAGGAGGCGUUCAAGGCCGACCUCGCGCAGGCUGAGAAGGAGCAUGCUGCGGUUCAGGAGAAACUGAACCAAGUCAAGGCCAAGAUUGAGACCGCCAAGCCCAACAACAAGGACUCGCCCGCGGCCAAGAGACAGCAGGAACUCCGUGCUGAGCUCUCCUCCAUCCGUCAGAAGCAGUCGGGAUUCAAGGCGUCUAGGUCCAGCACUCAGGAGAAGAUCAAUGCCCUGGACAGCACGCUCAAGGCCCGCAUUGCGGAGCAGAACAACUCCAAGACCCGCAUGUCGUUCAAGAGCGUCGAGGAGGUUGAUCGCGAGAUCGCGCGCCUCGAGAAGCAGGUUGAUUCCGGCACCAUGCGCUUGGUCGAUGAGAAGAAGGCCCUUGCCGACGUCUCCAGCCUGCGCAAGCAGCGCAAGAACUUCGCCGGCCUGGACGAGGCCCAGAAGGUCAUCAACGACAUCAAGGCUCAGAUCGCCACCCUCAAGAAGACCCUUGACAACCCUGAGGCCAAGGCCCUGAGCGACAAGUACGCCGAGAUCCAGAAGGAGCUGGAUGCCAUCAAGGCCGAGCAGGAUGGCGCUUUCAAGAACCUUAACGCCCUGCGGGACGAGCGCACCAAGCUCCACGGUGAGCAGCAGCAGAAGUGGACUGCUAUCCGUGAGAUCAAGGACACCUACUACAAGGCCCGCAAGGCCUACAAGGAGUACGAGGAUGAGGCCUGGAGAGUCCGCCGGGAGAAGCAGAAGGCCCAGCGGGACGCCUUCGAGCGCGAGAAGAAGAAGAAGAUUGCCGACAAGAAGCUCGAGGAGGCCUCUCGUCUGGCUUACACCGACGAGAUCCUUACGGCUCAGGGUCUGAUCCGCCACUUCAACCCCGCCUACGACUUCGCUGCUCUGGGUCUGGAUGACAAGAAGGACCAGUCCUCUCAGUUCCGUGCUGAGAUUGGCCGUACCAUCGAUGACUCCGGCAUGAAGGGCAUGAAGGUCCUGAAGAAGGAGGAGGACGACUACUUCGUCGGCACUGGUGGCAAGAAGGGUAAGAAGGGCAAGAAGAGCAACGCCAACGGCAGCCCUGCCCCCGCCGAGAAGUUCAACCUCAACGUUGGUAUCAUCGAGGAGUUCGCCCAGGUCAAGAUCGACCCCCCUAUGAACCAGGCCGAUGUCCCCGCCGUUGUCGAGAAGCUGGCCGCUAAGAUCACUGAGUGGAAGAAGAACCAGGCUUCGAAGACCGAGGAGAACAUCAAGAAGGCCCAGGAGGAAAUUGCCCGCUUGGAGGAGGAGGCCGCUCAGGCGGACGACCGUGCGACUGACGCUGCUAAGAAGCCUGCUAUCAUCAACAGUGGUGUUAACGGCAAGGUCUCGGCCGAGGCCGAGCUGAAGCAGGAGCAGGACGCCGCCGCCGAUGUGUCCGACGAGCUGCAGAAGGCCUCCCUCGAGGAGACGGCCUAAACGAUGCGUCCCGGAUAGAUUUAUGCAACUUUGCAUGUUCUUGCAUCAGCGAAUUGACGCUUUAGACCCCAAGCGGAGAUUUAGCAUUUACAUUUCAUUUGUUUUUGGUUAGUUCUGUGCAUCUUAUCGACAACUCUUUGCUUUUGCAGAUCCUCCCUUUAUUUUCUUUUCU